CUUCCUUCCUUCCUUCCUCCAACACUCGCUAAGGGAUUUUCUUUUUUUCCGGAGUAGAGAAGUUUUUACAAACAGCAAAGAUGAAUGCCCAAGUGUAGUACACCUUUUUUUUAAAUUUUUUUUUACUCUAAAACUCGAUAGGGCGGUUGGGAGAUGGCUAACGGACGACGUGAAACAGUGCCAAUAUCGUCAUCAUUCUGGGUAUGAUGCAAGUCGCGAAGAAGGUCCCCUUCGACGAUCCGAAUGUCCUGAACGGCGUGAGGGCGAUGUACGUUCUUUCCAACGUUAUCAUCUUGUCGCUGUACAUGUACGUCAGGGGCCAGAUCGAUAAGAAGAAUGGUAAGCAAGGAGAGUAGAAUAGGGGAGGAAGGGUUCCGAUAUCAAUCUGGGUUGGGGAGGGACUACAUUGCUGACUUGGGGAAUGAAUGAGAUAGACAACACAACGAUGAAGUACCUUGAGCCCGCUGCACCACUCUCCGGCGACCAACCUAAACUCGUGACGACUACCAUCGCGGCCUACGACCGCGAUCAGCUCAAGGCAGCUUUCAAGAGCGUUUUGAUGGGCGUUGGAAUGAUGGGUGUCAUGCAUUUCUACAUGAAGUACACUAACCCGUUGCUUAUCCAGAGUAAUUGCCCUCCCUCGCCCAUUUCCAACUUUUUGGAGGUGAUUCUAACAGACAGCAAACAGGCAUCAUCCCGCUCAAAACCGCCUUCGAAUCAAAGCUCGUUCAGAUCCACGUCCUUGGAAAGCCCGCCAUUGGGGACCUCAAGAGGCCAUGGAAGGCUGGAGGGAUGAUGCAGGGAAUGCAAGGUGGUGACGUCGUGUCUGACAAGAAGAGCAUCGAUGAGGCCGAGAGGUCUGGUCGGGGUGGUGCCAAGGAGGAAUAAGUGUUGCGCUCUUUCGUUUUUUUCUUUUCCUUCCGGAGAGUGAUGGAUUUCUCAUUAGCUUAAUUUAUUCUCUUUCUUUUC